AUGGAGGACACGUAUGAUAACAGGACUUCCUUGGUGAAGGGGGCCAAGGACAUGGCCAAGGAGGCCAAGCGACAAGCAGUAAAGAAAGUCAACAAGGCAGUGGACCUUGCUACAGAAGAAUACUCAUCCCACCGCAACUACACCCGUUUCCAGGAUGAGGAUGAUGAUGAUGAAGAAUUCUACCACAACCCGCCUGGACAGGAUGGAGGGGGCUACAAUGACAACGAGGAGGGCUCCAGUGACGCCACCGAGGGCCAAGACGAUGAGGAUGAGAUGUAUGAAGGGGAGUACCAGGGGAUCCCCUCGGUGGGGGACAAGCCCAGGAAAGGGAAAGUGGCCCUUGGGCAGCCGGUGUCAGACGCAGUAAGGGACCGGAAGGAGCUAGAGCAGGAAAGGCAGGCCGACGAGGAGGAGCUGGCCCAGCAGUACGAGCUGAUCAUCCAGGAGUGCGGCCAUGGGAGGUUUCAGUGGCAGCUGUUCCUGGUGCUGGGGCUGGCCCUCAUGUCGGACGGGGUGGAGGUGUUCGUGGUGGGCUUCGUCCUGCCCAGCGCAGAGACGGAUAUGUGCAUACCCAACUCCAGCUCUGGCUGGCUAGGCAGUGUUGUGUACUUGGGGAUGAUGGUCGGGGCCUUCUUCUGGGGAGGCAUGUCUGACAAAGUCGGUCGCAGACAGUGCCUCCUCAUCUGCAUGUCCACGAAUGGCUUCUUCGCGUUCCUGUCCUCUUUUGUCCAGGGAUAUGGCUUCUUCCUGCUGUGCCGGCUUGUUGCGGGUUUUGGGAUAGGGGGCGCUGUGCCCAUUGUCUUCUCCUUCUUUGCAGAGGUGCUGUCCAGAGAGAAGAGAGGAGAACAUCUCAGCUGGCUUUGCAUGUUCUGGAUGAUUGGAGAGAUCUAUGCAUCUGCUAUGGCCUGGGCGAUCAUACCACACUAUGGAUGGAGUUUCAGCAUGGGUUCAGCCUACCAGUUCCACAGUUGGAGGGUAUUUGUGGUGGUCUGUGCCCUGCCCUGUGUCUGUGCAGUAGUGGCUCUCACUUUCAUGCCUGAGAGUCCGAGGUUCUACCUUGAGGUGGGGAAGCACGAUGAGGCAUGGAUGAUCCUCAAACAGAUCCAUGACACCAACAUGCGUGCACGUGGGCAACCAGAAAAAGUCUUCACUGUGAACAGGAUCAAGAUCCCAAAGCAGCUGGAUGAGCUUGUAGAGAUGGAGUCAGAGUCUGGCAACCCUGUUUCCAAGGUUCUCUUCAGGAUCAAGGCUGAAAUACGUGGUAUCUAUCUGAAUCUCAUCAAGUGUUUCAAUUACCCUAUGCGAGAAAACAUGACUCGGCUAGCCAUAGUGUGGUUCACACUGUCUUUUGGGUACUACGGCCUGUCGGUCUGGUUCCCCGAUGUCAUCAAACACCUCCAGGCAGAUGAGUACGCCUCCAAGGUGAAGACCCACAAUGAUGAACGUAUCGAAGAUUUCACAUUCAACUUCACCCUGGAAAACCAGAUACACACCAACGGCCUCUUCAUCAAUGACAGAUUCAUCAGCAUGAAGCUGAAGUCAGUCACCUUCAUUGACUCUACUUUCCGGAACUGCUACUUUGAAGAUGUGACAUCCGUGGGUUCCUUCUUCCGUAACUGUACUUUCACUGGAGCGUUCUUUUUCAACACAGAUAUCGACGACUCCAAAUUGAUUGAUGGCACAGAGGUGAUCAACAGCACCUUCAGCCACAACAAGACAGGCUGCCAGAUGACGUUUGAUGACGACUACAGCGCCUACUGGGUUUAUUUCAUUAACUUCCUGGGCACCCUGGCUGUGUUGCCUGGCAACAUUGUCUCUGCCCUUCUCAUGGACAAGAUAGGACGCCUGUCCAUGUUAGGUGGUUCAAUGGUGCUGUCUGGUAUCAGCUGUUUCUUCUUGUGGUUCGGCACCAGUGAGUCCAUGAUGAUCUUCAUGCUGUGCCUUUACAACGGCCUAAGCAUCUCAGCCUGGAACUCCCUGGAUGUGGUGACGACCGAGUCCUUCCCCACUGACAGGAGAGGGACAGGUUUUGGCUUCUGCAAUGCUCUGUGUAAACUGGCUGCCGUGAUGGGGAACCUCAUUUUUGGUUCUCUUGUUGGCAUCACCAAGGCCAUUCCCAUCCUCAUGGCCUCAUCUGUGCUGGUCGGGGGAGGCCUGGUAGGCCUGCGGCUGCCUGACACCAGGGCUAAUGUCCUCAUGUAA